CGCUCGGUGAAUGCAUUCAUCCUUUUAACAACCAUCGCCGUUCUCCUUUUGUUUUGUUAAAGAUACCCUUGGAUGCCAUUUCGCUGAUGACAACUCCCUCUCGCAAUCAACUUAAUUUCGACACUACGGCAUAGCGAGCAACUCCCACAAUGGAACGGCCGUCCACCCCUCCAGCUCCAGCGCAACGAUCAACACGAUCAACAACCACAGCACGUCCAGCAUCACCACCAACUCCCGCCGCCGACACUCGUCGCAUAGAAGAAUCCCGUCUCCGCGUCAAAGACCUCCGCACCCAACGCGAAGCCGACCACCGAGCCGCCGGCAUCCCCCUCCCCUCCGAUUCCCUCCCACGCACCGCCUCCGGCAUCGCCGCCACCGAUGACAUCCAGCUAGCCGGCGCCGCCGGUCGCGCCGCGGCCUCUCGCAAGCGCCCGUUCACAUCGAUCUCGCGAAAUGACGUACCGGCUAGUAACCGGGACGCUCGCACGAGCACAUCGACAACAACUACUGGUGACAAGAAAGAUGGGAACGGGAAUGAUCAAGGGGACUUGCGCCCCAUCUCGCGCAAGUUCACCAAAUACGUCGAUUACAACUUUAGCGCCAUGACGGAUACCAAAGGCGGUUUCCUGUCGGUGGAAGAUGAUCCGUUCAACAAGCAAAUGUCCGGGCCUACGAAGCCAGGGCAGCCCGGGGCAGAGCAAGAGCAAAAGCCGGCGCACAUGACGGCCGCGGAGUGGGAGCGGAUGCAGUUGAUUCGGAAGCUGCAGAGGAACAAAGCGGGGCCGUACGAGCCUGGGUUGAGUGUGCUUACAGACAAGGAGGAUGCGGCGAAGGAGAGGAAGAAGUGUAGAGAGUGUGGCAGCUUGGAGAUUGAUUUUGUGUGGGAGGAGACGUUUGGGUGCGCGGUGUGCGGGAAGUGUAAGGAGAGGUGGCCGGAGAGAUAUAGUCUUUUGACGAAGACGGAGGCGAAGGAGGAUUAUUUGUUGACUGAUCCUGAACUCAAAGACCCCGAACUCCUCCCUCACCUGUCCAAACCGAACCCGCACAAGUCUCACUGGCACGACAUGAUGCUCUUUCUACGAUACCAGGUCGAAGAAUACGCGUUUAACGUCAAAUGGGGGUCGGCGGAGGCUCUUGACGCCGAGUUUGAGAAACGUGAACAGGACAAGAAGAGAAGGAAGGAGGCCAAGUUUAAGGAGAAGCUGCUUGACUUGAAGAGGAAGACGAGGACAGAGGCGUUUAGGAGGAAUACGGGGAAGUUGGGCGGGAUAGCGGGAGAUGGUGGUGGUGGUGGUGGUGGUAGUUCAACAGGGAGGGGAGGAAAAGCGACCAAGUUUGGGGAUGCGAUAAAUAAUGGAGGGAAACAUGUCCAUGAAUGGGGCAGGACGGUCGAGAAUGAGGAGGGGAUGACGGUCAAGACGUGUACGACUUGUGGGAUGGAGGUUGAGGAGUUGGAGUUUUAGGCUGGUAACCUUGGGAUUCUUUAGUUGGAGGUUGGAGGAGAUUAUACCCUGGACGCUUUUACAACUAAUGAGACGCCGGUGGCAUCUCCAUGAAGGUAUUGACCUGAUAAUUGUUGUCACCCCUGGAUUUCAUCUUGACCAAACAAGGCGCCAAGCCGCUGAGCUCCCCUGAGCUUCCCCUGGAACGUCACCAAGUCCUCGGGUCUGUGCACGGUGCCUAUGCUGAUCUGUGCUUUCUUUGUUGAGUUGGGAAGCGCUAGCCCCUGACGCUGGAAAAGGUGAAUGUGAUGGCAAUUGCGGCCUUGCGGCCUCGUCUGUGAUUUGGUGUUGAAAUCGCAGCAAGCGAUACCAGCAAGUCGAGAUGCUAGAGGGACUAUGCUGAGGAGGGCUCUGUGCAACAGAAGGGGCAACCUUGAGGUCUCAGCUAUGAUAGAGAAUGUUCAAC